AUUACCCAACAGCCAUAUUAAGCUGGUAGCUUGUAAAUAUGUUUACACAUGCUCUGAGACUGGAUGGUGCCCUAAAAUUUCUGUUCCUGUUAAAACAGACAAUUUUGAAAGUUUCAAUCAGGCUAUUGAGUUUUACUUCCUCCUGUGACUCACAUAGCAUGUUUGAUUUCUUUUUGUUUUCUCCUAUUAUGACAACUGGCAACCUGCAGUUUGCAUACAGUAGAGUAUCAGACACAAUAAUGGUGGGCAGGAUGCGACUCUUGGGAACGGAGGAGUCUAUAACUAUUUUUAUAUUAAUUUUGGCACAAGGCUUUCACUACUCCAGGACAUGUGUUUGUGACCAGCAAUAUUUCUGCAAUUGUUCAUCAAAUCAUCUCCAACAGGUCCCAAAAGUUCCAGCGAAUGCCCUUGGCCUUGACCUGUCUUUCAAUCAAAUUAAGUCUAUACACAUGAAUGAUCUCAGCCCAUACAGUGAGCUGAAAACUCUAAACUUGCAUAAGAACAAGCUCAAGUUUAUUCACAAAGAUGCUUUUAAAUCUCAACAUAAACUGGAAGUUCUUGAUCUGUCCUUAAACAACCUGAAAAAUCUGUCUUCUUCUUGGUUCCACGAGCUAAACUCUCUUCAGCAACUGAACCUUGCAGGAAACCCAUAUCCCACCUUGGGACCUGCUCCAAUCUUCCAGUCUCUCCUUAACCUAAGGACACUGCGAGUAGGUAGUCCUUCACUGAGGGAGGUAUACAAAAAUGGCUUAGAUGGGCUCACUCAUCUGGACGAGAUGACGUUCAUUGCCAGUAAUCUGAAGUCCUAUGAGAAUGGGAGUUUAAAGGCAGCCCGUCCCAUUGGUUUAGUCUCUUUAAACCUUCAGAAUCUAUUUCAGAAUGAUCCAGAAUUAGUCUCUGAGGUUCUUCAAGAUGUCUCCCACCCUGAAACUCUGCUGAUAAUCAAUGAUGCUGUACUCAAAACAAACAUUUCGACAGAACCCUUUAAAGCGGCAAGAGAAGGUGGAACUAAAAGCUUGAGUUUCCAAAAUAGCACCACAACUGAUGAAGCAAUGACCUCUUUAUUAAUGGUCAUGGAUGGUUCUUCUUUGUCAUAUAUUGGUCUUGAAAAUGUGCAUUUGAUUGGCCAAGGGUGGUGGCAAAAAGCUUCGUAUACACAUUAUGAAAACUUGCAUACAGCCUACAUACGUAAUCUCGAGAUCCAAGGUUUUUUUAAGUUUAGUAGCAUGAUGCAGUUAGGAUUUCUACUGGUGCAUCUCCAUAAGGUGUCCGUUAUUAAUGGCACAGUGUUUGUUAUUCCACGGCAAACUACCCCACUGUUAAAAAAUCUUGAAUAUUUGGACCUUAGCCAGAAUCUCCUUUCAGACCUGACAAUUGAACCUACCUUAUAUACAGAUUAUGGUGCAUAUCAAAACCUCAACACUCUUAAUGUGAGCCAGAACAUUUUAAAAUCUCUUGGACUGAUUUCUCGAUUGGCCACUAAGCUUAAGAGUCUCAGAUAUUUAGAUUUAAGUCAUAAUAGUUUUGUUUCUAUGCCAGAAAGCUGUAGCUGGCCAGCGACUCUCAGGUUUCUGAAUCUUUCCAGCACAAAGCUACGUAAGAUGACCCCUUGCCUGCCUUCUAGCUUGACGGCCCUGGAUCUCAGUGAAAAUGAUCUGAUGGUAUUCAACCAAAGAUUUCCCCAACUUACUAUGCUUAUACUGACAGGCAACCGAUUUAUGAAACUGCCACAUGGGGAAUUAUUUCCAAGGCUGCAGAACCUGCUUAUCCAAAGGAAUGCCUUGCGAAUGUUUAAUGGCAGUGAUUUGAAGAGAUUUAAAUCCUUACAAUAUUUAGAAGCGAGUAACAAUAAUUUUGUAUGCUCCUGUGAGUUUGUAUCUUUCUUCAGACAUGAUGUUAACCAUUUCAUCACGAUAAGGGAUGGUCUUCACAAUUAUGUGUGUGACACUCCAUUCACUCUCAGAGGUGAUGCUGUUGACAGUGUCAGUUUGUCAGUUUUCGAGUGUUACAUGAUCCCUGCUGUCUUAGUGCUUUGUUCAUUGAUCAUCAUAGUCCUUGGACUAAUUGUUGUCACCUGCUAUAAGUUUCACAUUAUAUGGUACCUGCAGAUGACCAAAGCAUGGAUUCAAGCGAAACGAAAACCUGCAGUUGGUCAACUGGCCGAAGAGCUCCGCUACGACGCUUUUGUAUCCUACAGUCAACAUGACGCUGAGUGGGUCGAGGAGAUCCUUGUUCCAGAGCUGGAGAGCGCUCAUCCUCCAUUUGCCUUGUGUUUGCACAAACGGGACUUCCAGCCGGGCCGCUGGAUCGUGGACAACAUCAUCGACUCGAUUGAAAAAAGCCAUCGGACUCUUUUUGUUCUGUCUGAGCACUUUGUUACCAGCGAAUGGUGCCGAUAUGAGCUGGACUUCUCACAUUUCCGCAUAGUCGAUGAACACAAUGACUCUGCCGUCCUGGUUCUCCUUGAGCCAAUCGAGAAGGAGACCAUUCCCAAACGUUUCUGCAAGCUACGGAAGAUUAUGAACUCCAGGACGUAUCUGGAGUGGCCCGAAGACGAGGAAAAGAGAAGAGAGUUCUGGAGCAACCUGAAAGCUGCCCUACAAAAAGAUGAAUGAUGAAGCAAGACUAACCCAAAUAUCAAAACUCAAUGUCUUUAUGAUGCAUUUUCUGAUUUUCUUUUAUUUGUAGGCCUACUGUACAGUGUUAUCAUUAACUUAAAAACAAAACUAAAUAUGUUCAUUAAAAUAAAGCUGAAACUUAAAAGUACAAUUUGUAAGA